AUGGCAGAUUUAAUUAAACUUACCAACCAAGAAUCCUUUACUAAUGUUUUUAAAAAUAAUAAUCAUGUUAAACUAAUUUGGGUUCUUCUCGUUAACAAGGGGCCUAACAAAAAUCCUAGGCAUUUGAAAAACAUUUGUCGAUAUUGUAAAUUGUUUCAAUUUCUUGAUCUUGACUAUCUCAUAGUAAGAAUCCAUGCUUCUGGCCAGUUGGCCUAUAAUCCUGUUAAACAGGCCAUGUGCAUACUCUCUGGAAAGCUUGCAGAUAUAACUUUACCAAUAGAUACCUUUGGUUUUUGCUUGGAUAGUCAGAGUAAAGUUAUUAACCAAGAACUUGCCAAAAAAAACUUUCGUCAUACUGGAGAAACCUUGUGUACACUCUGGGGCAGAGACUUAAUUUUUGAAAGGCAUAUGCGAAUUUGUCAGUAUAGCCUCAAUAUUCGAAAAUGUGAUGAUCUGACUUGUUGCCAUCCUAAAAGACAUGAAGAAUCUGCUGCUUUUCUUGCAGAAAAUGAUGGGUUUCUUUCACCAGUUUCAAAAGGCUGGAAUGGACAUUACCUUAAUCUAGUUCAUAUCUUACAGUAUGUUGAUAUAUUAAAAUUCCCAGCUUAUAAUGCCCAUUGUCCAUUUAUUUCACCUGAAAUGCAUCAUCAUCUCUGCUGCACUUUCUGUGGAAAAUAUUUCCCUAUGCUCAAGAUGGUCACAACUCAUAAAAAAUCUGAACAUAUGAAACAAAAAAAACAUAAAUGCACUAUACUUUCAAACUCACUUGCCGAUUUUAGCUUUAGUUUGACUUCAACUAUACCAGAAACUAACAAUCGUGGCUGUGUUUCAGACGACGA